GUCCCAAAAAACCUCAACUCCUUACAGAAAGGUCGCCGAUUUCCAUCUCCACAGCCAUGGCGGACGUUGAAGCUGAUGUGACGGCAGGACAGCCAAGGAAGAGAACAUUUAAGAAGUUCAGUUACAGAGGAGUCGAUCUCGAUGCUCUUCUCGAUAUGUCUACUGAUGAACUCGUUAAGCUCUUCAAUGCUCGUCCUCGUAGAAGGUUUCAAAGAGGUUUGAAGAGGAAGCCAAUGGCACUGAUCAAGAAGCUGAGGAAGGCGAAACGUGAGGCUCCACCGGGUGAAAAGCCAGAGCCUGUCAAGACUCACCUGAGGAACAUGAUUAUCGUUCCUGAAAUGAUUGGAAGUGUUAUCGGAAUUUACAAUGGAAAAACUUUCAAUCAGAUCGAAGUCAAGCCUGAGAUGAUUGGCCACUAUCUGGCCGAGUUCUCCAUCUCGUAUAAGCCGGUCAAGCAUGGUAGACCCGGUAUUGGUGCUACUCACUCGUCAAGGUUCAUACCGCUAAAGUGAUUUGGCCUCCGAUGUCUACUUUUCUUCUGUUCUAGUCUUGUCAAAGUCCCUUUUUAAAACAAUUUUGAUGCGAGAAAUGGGUUAUUUAAAACAGUUACUUUGUAAAACUCUUGUGCUUUGCUGAAAACUGAUUUGUCAUGAAUA